AUGGCAGUCGCAGUCAAGGGCACGACAGAGAAGCUUGCAGAGGCUGCUAAGGAGAGAAAGGAGAUGGCAGAAAGCUUCGAACCCUUCAGUCUCUCACAUGAAACAUCGGCAGAAGGGGUAAAAGGUUAUGAUCAGGGUGGAGAAGACUGUGAUGAAUUGAAGCAUGCCUUCACAACUCACCGAGCACGUGACGUGCAGAAUGAAUUUGUAGUCUCCAAAGGAUCACAGGUCUGCGUCAAAUGGGACAAAAAGUGGUCUCCAGAGACAGAUGGAUGGUCAGCAGGAGUUGUUUUGGAAGUAUCAGAUGGGAAGGUCAAGAAUCCGAAUGGUCGUGGGUUGGUAACGAGAGGUUGGUCUUUGGUGUUAUACGAAGGAAGAGACGUGCAUAUCCAUCUGCUUGACCGCGACCAUCAUGUAAACAUUAGAGGAAAUCGGAAAUUUGCAUGGAAACUUAACGAAGAAAACUGCAGCAUUGAUUUGACGGAAUUAAAUCAACGCAACGUCAUUCAGAGAUAUCAAGGCAAGCGCAAAUUUCGUUCGCGGACAAGGCAUUUCAAAUCAAAACAUAGGAAGGCCCGAGAGACUCUUCAUCAUGUAGAUGAGAAGGAAAAUGCGUACCUUGGUCAAAAUACAGAGCAGCAAUCUGGAAAAAGUUUCGCAUCUAGCGAAGACUCGAUGGCCACGUUUGGAGAAUUGAAUCAGACUUUAGCAGACUCGGAAACUCACAGUCAGGAGAAUAUUUACGACAUCGCAAGGAAAGUGGGAGACAAUGAAGAUAGCCUCGCUUCAGAAGAAUCCAUGGCCUGGGUUCUAGAAACAUCUGACAUUCAACCCCACAACCUUGCCAGCCUUAGUGGAGAUAGUAUGUGCGAUUGUUCUACUUGCACAGGAAAGAAUUCCCAUGAGAAGAUUGCCGCAAAGGAUCCAAUCUCAGAUCUCUUGUGA